UCUAUUUUUUGCUUUACUCUGGCAUCGCCUCACUUUUCUCUCUUUCCCACUUCCACUCACUCACUUUCUUAAAGCUUCUUUGAAGUUUCUGUGAUGAUGACUCUCAAAUCUCAGUGGUUUAGCUUUAUAUAUACUCUUCUACGUUUUAUAAAACUCGCCCUUCUACGGCUUCUUGUGUCAUUUGAACUUUCCGUUAUGGGUUCUUCUUUCCCUUCUUCUGCUUCAACCUCUUCCCAGCUAACCCCUUCUUUUAUCAUUAAUGCCAAUGCUGCUUCUUCUCCAUCCUCAACCUCUUCCCAUCAAAUCCCUUCCGAGCUUAAUAACUAUGAAGUUUUUAUUAAUUUCAGAGGCAUAGACGUCCGUGAUGGUUUUCUAUCCUUUCUCUUUGAAUCUUUGAAGGAAAAAGGAAUCGAUACCUUCAAAAAUGAAAACCUUCAAAAAGGAAUUGAAAUGACACCAGCCCUCAAGCAAACAAUUCAAGAAUCACGUAUUUCCAUUGUCAUAUUCUCCAAAAACUAUGCAGAUUCUCCAUGGUGCUUGGACGAGCUUGUUGUGAUAAAUGAAUGCAGAGAAAAGUCAGGGCAAAUAGUUUUGCCGGUUUUUUACCGUGUAGAUCCAACUGAUGUUCAAGAGCUGAGAGGCCCUUUCGCAAGGGCACUUGCUAGGCUUUUAAAAGAUCACAGCGAUAGCUCACAUAACCUGGGUGGAUGCUGCCAUGCUCUGAAGACAAUCAGCAACGACUUAAGUGCUUUUGUUUCGAAUGAGAUCAAAAAUGACCAAAUGCUAGUUCAAAGAAUCGUCAAUCGUGUUUCAGAGAUGUUAAGUCAUAUGCCAUCAAAUGCUAGUUACCAUGACAAGUUAGUUGGAAUUCAUUCACGUGUCGAGGGAGUAAUAUCGUUAUUGGAUAUUGAUGUAAAUGACAGAAAUUGGACAAUAGGAAUUUCGGGAAUGGCUGGUAUUGGAAAGACAACUCUUGCCGGUAUAGUGUUUUCCCAAAUCAAGGCUAAAUUUGAUGCCCACUGCUUUGUUUCAAAUGUCAAGGAACAAAUAAGGAAGGAAACAGCAAUUGUUUUACGGGAUAAAAUCAUUCGUUCACUAUUGGGAGACGAAUAUUUCAAAAUAGGCUUACCACUUUUAGUAUUAGAUGAUUGGAUUAUGAGAAAUGAUUGGAUUAUGAGAAGACUGCAAAAAAAGAAAGUUCUUAUUGUUUUUGAUGACAUUGAUGAUUCAAACGAUUUAGAUCUUUUAGCUGGAAACAGUAGUUUGUACCGUAAGGGAAGUAGAAUCAUUAUAACUAGUACAGAUAGACAAGUGCUUAAAAAUGAAGCUCUUCAACUCUUUAGCUUGCAUGCUUUCCAUCAAAAUGAACCGAAAGAAGGAUAUGUUUUGCUAUCCAAGGAGGUGAUACGUUAUGCUCAAGGCAAUCCAUUAGCACUAAAAGUUUUAGGCUCUAGCCUUUAUGGCAAGGAGAAAGAGUACUGGGAGAGCCAGUUGCUAAAAUUGAAAAGCAUCCCGAACAAGAGAAUUCAAGAUGUUCUAAAACUAGGUUAUGAUGGGUUAGAUAGGAAUGAGCAGAGCAUAUUUCUGGAUAUCGCAUGUUUCUUUGGAAAAGGAGAUACACAUUAAAAUGAGCUUGAAAAAAUAAUAGAAAGUUUUGGUUUCUUUGUAAGAUGUGGAAUAAGGAGUCUCAUUGAUAAAUCUCUCAUCGCCAUUCGAAAAUAUGAUCGUAAAGUAGAAAUGCAUAACUUACUACAACAAAUGGGAAAGGAGAUUGUGAAUGAGGAAUGCAAACAGCCUGGAGGACGUAGUGGGUUGUGGAAUCCUAAGGACAUUUCUCAUGUAUUCAAAACAAAUACAGGAACUGAUAAGAUUGAGUGCAUUUCGUUUAAAAUGUCGAAUGCUGGAGCUAUUGAGAUAAGUUCCAAAAGUUUCAUGAAGAUGCCUAAUCUUAGAUUCCUCAGAAUGUCUGGUUCCAAAUGGAUUUUGCCUGAUGGACUUGAUUUUCUUCCAGAAGAGCUAAGAUAUUUACGUUGGUACGGUUACCCUUUGAAAUCGUUGCCGUUGAAGUUUUGCCCAAAUAACCUUGUACAACUUCGCUUGCCUGGCAGCCAACUCAAACAUCUGUGGGAUGGAGAUAGUAAGCCUUUUAAAAGUUUGAAAGUUAUGAACCUCCGCAGCUCUCUGUCUUUAUUGAGAAUUUCGGACCCAUUUCAAGCCCCAAACCUUGAGGAAUUAUGUUUGUCAAGUUGUAGAAGUUUCAUUGAGAUUCCUUCAUCUCUUAAAUAUUCAAGCAAGUUUGCUCGGCUACACUUAGAGCACUGUGUAAGUAUUCGCAGUUUGCCAAGCUUCCUUCAGUUAGAAAGUCUUGAGAUUCUUAAUCUUAAAGAUUGCAGUAAACUUGAAGAAUGUCCAGAGCUUCCUUGCAAUUUAAGAGAUUUAAAUUUAAGUAAAACUGCAAUAAAACAAUUGCCUUCAUCAAUUGGACAUUGCUCUCAACUUGUUGCAUUAUCGUUAAGGGAGUGUACAAAGCUUGAAAAUCUUCCAGACUGCAUUGGCCAGUUACAAUCUCUUGAACGCAUUGAUGUUACAGGUUUGAAAUUCAACAGAUUGCCAAAUAACUUCGGAGAUUUAAAAUCUCUGAAGGCACUUAACGCAACAGGAAGUGGCAUAAAAACAUUACCAUCCACUUUCAAUCAAUUGAGCCGAUUGAAAUGUUUAUAUUUUGAGGGAUGUAAAGGUUUGACGGUAUGGCCUUCUUCGUUGUCCGGUUUGAAUAGAAUACAGAAGCUUUAUCUCGGUAACUGUGGCAUAUCAGAAAUUCCAGAGAGUAUUGGAUCAUUAGUUUCAUUGAUAGAGUUAUAUUUAGAUGGAAACGAUUUCGAAAGCAUUCCUGCAAGCAUCAAACAACUUUCUAACUUGGUCACUCUUAGGUUGGAUGAUUGUAAGAGGCUUAGAUAUUUGCCAGCGCUUCCAGGCACAAGGUUUUUUUUUGCAUCAAAUUGCACCUCUUUAGAAUUUGUAUCAUUUUCGUCCUUUCCCAAAGCAGAAACAGCAUAUGGCCGUCGGUGCAUUCAACUUAAUUUUGGUAACUGCAUCAAAUUGGGUGAUAAUGUACGUCUUCAAAUUACGGAAGCCCUGUUCUCAGCACAUCAAGGCCAGAACGAUUUAUACUUAUGUAUCCCUGGGGUGGAAGUGCCGCAAAGUAUCAAAUAUCGAACAAGUGGGUCUUAUUGUUCAGUUCAGUUGAAAAGGUUUGAUCGUAUGUUGGGUUUUUAUUUUGCUGUUGUUAUAGAUUUCCAAGAUUUUGAUUUAGAUAGAUAUAACAUUAGAGGUUCUAUGAACUUCCAAGAUAAAUCUGGAAAGAUGUACAAGUAUGACUGUGACUUUUAUUUGCUAUAUUUAGGGCUUCCUAAGUUAGAUUCAAAACAUGUGUUCCUUGGGUAUAAAUCUUUUGAUCAUGACCAGAAUUUCACUCAAGUCUCAUUCCAUCUUGAACAUUUCGGAAAAUCUGGUGGCACUAGUGGGAGGGUGAUCAAUUGUGGCAUUCAUCCUAUAUAUCGGGAAGAAUAUAGGAAGCCGAAAUAAGGAAUGAUUAAAACCAAGAAGGAUGGUAUCAGGGAGAACCAGACAAGGAUACAGUACAGUCGGCGAACGUUGAAUCAUGGGAGAAGAAUUCAAGACAAAGACUCAGAUAACUUAUGCAUUUGUCAUUUAUAUAAUUGUUAACUUCCAACCUUAAUCACCCGUCUUGACGAGCAAGCUUGCGCCAAGUCACGAGCAGCAGAUACAAUACAUUUAUAAUGAAAAGAUUUUUAAAUGUCAUCUAAUUGUAUUAGUUUAAUUGUAAAGAAUUGAGAUUCUUAUUUUUGGUUAA